UUAAAAACAUUUAACAAAUAGGAAAGAACAAUAAUUUGCAAAAUAGUGAAUAAAUAAAAAUGUAUUUAAUAGUUCUUUCUUUUAAUUAACUACUAAUAAUAAAUAAAUUUAAUAAUAAACUUAUCUGCAUCAAAAUCAAUGUAUUAACGAAAUUCUUAAUAAAAUAAAACAAUGACUUUGAUAUUAACUUUUUUUACGAUUAAAGAUAAAGGCCAUAAUGUUGAAAACCGCCGUUGCUUGUCUUUUGUUUUCAGAUUAUUCAAAUCUAAUUAAAGUUUCUAAUUAUAUUAGGUAUUUGGCAUUCAUUAAAUUAUUAUAUUAUUUACUUAGGAACAGAUUAUAGCUACUUAACAAACGACGUAAUUAUAUUAAACAAUAUCAUUAAUUUCGAACACAGGUGAAACAAACACCUAAUGAGUGCGAUACACAAAUAAAUAUAAUCCCUUCUCCCUUCUACCCAUACGAAAGAAAGAGACAACUAUAAUCUGCAAUGUUUCAUAAAUUACUUAAAAUAGCGAUCAUUUUUCUAAUCACGGUAGUUGCAUUUUAAUCGUUGCUUCGACACCGUUAAUACAAAAUGAAUUCCAUAGUUGAUAUCGACGAAAUACUUUCUGAAAACGAACAAUGGAAGAAGUUGGAAGAAGAAUGGGGUAUUCCCAUCGAUUUGGAAGGAGACGAUGACGAUCAACCAACCAUACAACGCGUUUUAAGUACUAUUGACCUGAAGACAACGUUCGAUUCCUCCUUUUUAUUCAAGAAAGUGAGACGCAACCUUGGCCGGCGGCUAUCCAAAAAGUCUAUAGCGUCAGCCCCGGAAUACGGUGACUUCAUCAGGAACCUACAAAACGAUCCAAUGAGGGAAUCCUCCCAGCAAUUCUACUGCGUCAACGGCCAGAUUCUCUCCGCGGUUUCUGUAGACGAAAUAUGCAAGAAAAUUGACGACAUCUUUAAAUCUAUAGAGAAGCUUUCGUCUUGUAGUACAGUGAGGAAGAAAGUGAAGACCAUUCCAGAAAUCGUGCAGUGCAGCAUCUCAGCUACCGACUUAUCAUUUGACGACACAGAAUACGAAUAUAACAGUGAAAUGGACAGGCAUAUGGAGGAGGCAUUUCAAGAGCUGAGUUCGACGAUAAAUACUAUAGAUCGUGGGGAUAAAUCUACGCUAGAAUCUGUUACUACGUUGGUGAGGAAAUUUAGCAUUAUCGUGAACCAUCCGAAAAUGAAGUGUAAUCCUAGACAUCAGAGACAGUGUAGUGAAAAAUUCAAAGAUUUGGCUGAGUUUUGGAAAAGUCGUGCGUUUGCGAAUGAGGGGUUUAGUAAGAAUUGUGAUGAACAGAAACAGUAAGUUAUUUUGAUAGAUUUGAGACUGAAAUUGUUAUCAAAGAUUUAGGUUAAAUUGUAUUUUAAAUAGUGUGAGAAUGUGGAUGUAACGAUACAUGUAUAAGCUACAAGUAUUUCAAAGUUUAGUACCUAUUAUAUCAUAUUAUAUAUUGUGAUUUCAACGUUGUUGUUAACAUAUUUCAGCUAAAAUAUUAGCUAUAGUUACGUAAUAUAUUAAGAAUAUUUAUUGAACAGAAAUACAACCGUAUUUUGUAUAAUAAUUUUGUGUAAAUUAUGAGGACAAUUGGAGGUAGGUUGCGAAAAAUCUUUUAACUAUUAAAUUGUUUGAAACCUUUAGUCAAAUAUUAAGUUUGUAUUGUAAUAGAUAAUAAUAUAUUUCAAUAGUUUAAUAAUUAACUUUUAAUUGUACGUAAAAUCAAUAAACCCUUGUGGUGACAGAUUCAAUUUACGAAAUUAUGUUUGUUUUUAUUUUGUAGGAAGUUUUGACAAAUGUUUACUAUUAAAAUAUUAUAAUUAAAA